UUCAGGGCGUGUAUUUUCCGACGAGGAAGAAAGCAUGGCUCGUCCUCGCUGCAUAUGACAUUCCAUCCGCUGGGGUGCCUCCUGUUGCUGAGGGAACACCAGUACAAUGGUCAAAAGUCGUAAAGGAUUCAAGCUUCGAUUCCAAUGAAAUUAGUCCUUCAAGAUGUUACAGCUGCGAAAUCAUCAGAGAUCUAAGGAAUGCUCUCGAGAGCCGGAGCAAUCCACCAGUGAAGAUUUCUGCUAUUCGUUCAAAAAUGAGCACCCUUUAUGAGCGCACACGCACCGACAAACUUGAGCAAAGGAACUUCGACUUGUACCUUGCUGAACUGCGAGAUUUGCUGGCUUCAUUUAAAACUAAACGGAAAGAGUAUGAACGUACUCGGAAUCUCCAGGCAAUGAAGCGAUGCUUGAAAAGGGAGAUGCUAAUCAAAGAAGAGCUAUAUGGUUUCGGCAUGCUGCCAAACCAGAACGGCGUUCUAUCUAAUGUUCCGGGAACGAAGCCACCUAUAGGAGCAACUGAGAAGGAGGCGGAAAACACAGCAUGCUCAGCGGGAGUUCUGGAAAAGCAUGCCAAAGCUGCUCGAAAUCGCAAUGUUCCGGAUAAGCUCUUUCAUUCACAGCAACAAUUCGCGCCGUCUAACGAACACGAGCUUCCAAGUCACAGGCACCCAUACCGGAAUAAGAUGCCUUCUUCCCAUUUAACUGAGGAUCUAAGUGCAAUGCAAAGCGGUCACACCGUGAUGCGUUCCGCUCCCGGCUCCAUGCGUUGGUGUGAUCGCGGAAUGAAUGCACAAGAGCAGACUCAAGAAUCUUUGGUCAUUUAUGGCACUGACGAUAGGUAAAUUGAAAAUGUUCUAUGUAUAGUGUGAUCCAGGCAUUGGUUCACUGGACCCAAAAACUCAAGCUGCAUUGCACUGUUUCAUCAGC